AUUGUGGUAUCGGAGUACAGAAAAUAUGUAUUUUAUAACAGCGCCCUCAAGCGUUGAAAUGGAGGUUUAUUUUGAUGCCAUGUGCAACACUGAGGAAAUUCCGGCUAGAAGUGAUCUCGCUUUCAGGCGAAUGUGUUUCAUUGAUAUCCAUUACUCUUGUAGUGUUAAAAAGCCACAUUUAUCCAGCGCGAUUUGACAUAUUGUCAUAAUUUGGCUAGGUGAUGAAGAUAUUUGAAAUGGUUACGCUUCCUGUUAAAAAUGGUUGUUAUUCCGUGUUUAAAGGUGCCGCAGCGUCAUGCACAACUGUACAGGUGUUCUGGACCGCAAUUACUGUACACAAAAGCACCCAGAUGGGACUGUAACGCUUCCACUCCUGGCAUCUGUUCUGCCACAGCUUGAUAUGGUGGCACUAAAGGAAUGUAUCGCACGAGACAGCUUUUGUGAUGUUGUUGAUGUCCAGAACCCAGAUGCAGUAAAGGCUCUACACAAAAACCUGCUGAUCAGUGAUGUGUUAAACUGCUGCACUGUCCAUCAUGGAGACAACAGACAGAUGUUGAAAUGGGCUCUGCUGUGAAGGAAUCUCCUCUAAGGAAACAAAAAGAUAUGGAAGUGUGGACUACCUGGGCUAGAGACAAAGCCAGCCAUAUCUGCACACUGCUGUUAGACAUUACUGGGGCCAAAUGAAGGACAAACAUUAUGCACAUAGAGCAUGUUAAAACAUAUGCGCCACAUAUCAGUCAUGUAGUACUGGACUUGGAGUGUAGACCUCUCUGACACAUACACACACUGAUGGUGAAUUGUUUUGAUAAUUAGUAAUAAAGGAAUAUUCCAGGUUCAAUAAAAGUUAAGCUCAAUCAACAGCAUUUGUGGCAUAAUGUUGAUUACCACAAAAAAUAAUUCAGACAUCACUUUUCUUUAAAGCAAGCAAAAAUCGAGGUUGAAGUGAGGCAUUUACAAUGGAAUUGAAUGGGACCCAUUUUUGGAGUGUUUAAAGGCAGAAAUGUGAAGCUUAUAAUUUUAUAAAAGCACAUAUUAAUUCUUCUGUUAAAACGCAUGUAUUAUUUCAGCUUUAUACCACGGGUCUGUUGAAUGCUUGAUUGUGAUUGGUUCAUGGACGUUCUAAGGUGUGCAAUUAUUUUCCAAGUAAACGCACGGCUAUAAAGCAGUUCCUCUGAGCAAAGAUACGUCCAAAAGACGUUAAAAAGACGUCAGCUGAGGAGCCAGAUUUAAACGUAUUUUUAUGACGUCCUCUGAACGUCCAAUGUUGACGUCAACAUUACCUCUUUACAAGGUUAAAAAUUAGUUCAAAUGGGGUCAUUGUAGACGUCUUUACAACGUCAACUGCAGACUCAUUUUAGACGUAAUUUAUACUGCUUCUGGACCAGUCUUACGCUGCAUUCAAUUAAAACUCACUUUAAUUCCAAUUUUCAUUUGUACUUGCAAAGCAAUUGUACAGACUCUUUCCAAAAAUCAGGAAAACAAGUGAAACUGCAGUGGACAACAAUUAAACCAAUAACAAAUAACUCAUAAGACUGUCACAAUUUUAAAGAAGAAAAAAAAAAGGUUAUUUAAUGUUCAUUGAGUGUGUCCCCAUUGAGUGUGCUUAAGGUGCUCCGAGGCGUGUUGUUUGAUACUCUGUACGGUUGCAUCUUGCCCCAUGCCAUUACUG